UGCUUUAAUCGCCAAAAUUGACUUGGGGGAGCUCAAAAUUCCCUAUAAAGAAUAAAGGAAGGAAAAAGAACAGAGCAUUUCACUGAUAGAGGGAUAAAGAAGCGAAGAACUGAAGCAACAUUUUUGUACCCAUUCAUCUCUAUCGACUUGAAGUUAAUCUCCAAGUGUUUUCAGUGAGUUGAAGAACACAGCUCCAUCUCUCCCUAUUAUUCUAUUCUAAGCAGAAUAAUGUUGAACAGAGUGCUUUGUUGCAAGUGUAUAACCUACCCAUCUGCAAUGUGUCAGGUUGCUCGGUAUGCUUGCACAAACUUGUUUGUUGGAGGACUUUCUUAUGAUACAAAUGAAACUGUAUUACGAGAUGCUUUCUCGCAGCAUGGUGAAAUUACUGAAGUUAGAGUUAUCUGUCACCAUGUCUCUGGAAAAUCAAGAGGGUAUGGAUUUGUGAAGUUUAGUUGUGAAAAUAGUGCUGCAUCAGCACUUAAAGAAAUGGAUGGCCAGGUAGUGGAUGGGAGGAAUAUCCGUAUUCAUCAGGCUCACAAGCAAUGAUGAUGAAUUUGUUCAGUUUUCGGGGUUGAAUCAUUGUUGCCUAUGUAAAUGAAGUGGUUUUAGUUUUACUGAUGGAAUACAAUACAAUGUUUCCAGAUAUAUGUGGAACAUGAGCUUAUUUGAUGAUCUGGAGCAAGAAAUUGGAGGUGAUUAUGUUUGUUGGCAGCUGUGACAUAACAAGGGUACAUCUUCUUUGUUUGGGUGGUAAGCAAGCUAUGGGAUCAAUGAGGAAAACCUCCCCGUGCAAUAUCUUUUCAGUUGAUCCUCUGUGUCUGUGAUAAUAUUUACUUGGAGUUGUAAUUUCCGUUGUUUCUCUUGGUCAUGCAUUAAGACUGGAGUCGUUUGUAAUCUAUAAACGUGAAAUUCUCUGGUUACAUCUAUUUGAGUAAUGUAAUCCAUGAAGCAGGCAGGAGCUAAAAUGCUGGUUUACAAUUAA